CCCAAGUAAGGAUGGGGUAUCUAUUCCUUCCGCUGUAUUAGCAUGUGGUCGAAGGUUGGUACCUGCUUCGGUGUGUAUGUACUGAUGUAUUCUCCGGGGACUCGAGCUUUCACCAUUGGGCUGGCCGCGCCUAAUUGCUGCAAUGCUUCGCAAACUCUAUCUCAAUUUCCGAGACCCUUGCCUUCCUAAAGAAGUAAGCACAUGUGUUGGUAGAGUAAAUCACUAUAUUGUAGACAGUACACAGUCCAAUCUGCUACCACAGCUCCCCCGGGCAUUGUCUUUCUCCGUCCCCUCCCACUUCCCACAUGCUAACAGGACCCGCAUCGCAUUCCCUACCUAAACUCACAUACACAGUGGUUAAGACAACCAAAUAGAGUUUUCGACGUAAUUUUUGAAUAGACGAACAGCUACUAUAUCUAAACCACGUCCACACCCAACAUUAUUUAACACUUCCUCGUCAUCCCAGCACUAAAGUAGUACUAAGUCCAUAACAAUUAGUACCUGCUACUAACCACCACUGCCACAAUGACCACCCCCCUCGGCGCCCCAGUCAACCAACCCCCAGCCCAACACCCCACUCCCGGACAACUCCAAGGCCGCACAAUUGACCUUAUCCAUCUAUCGCCCUCCCACGCGGAGGCCCUCUGGCCCCUCGUCGGCGGCACUUCCGACCCCACCAAAGCAUCAACAUGGACCUACCUCCCAGAAGGCCCCUACCCGGAGGCCGACUUCGACAAAUUCCAAGCCUCAGUAACAACAAAAUGCAGCUCCACUGAUCCCCUCUUCUACGCUAUCGUCGACAAGAGCCAACAAGUCCUGGGCUGGAUCACCUUAAUGAGCAUCGUGCCUGAGCAACUAAGGCUCGAGAUCGGGUGGGUGCUGUUCUCGCCUGCGCUGCAGCGCACGACGGGUGCAACGGAGGCGUCGUAUCUACUGCUGAAGUAUGCGUUCGAGGAGCUGGGGUAUCGGCGCGUGGAGUGGAAGUGCAAUGCGCUGAAUGAGGGGUCGAAGAGGGCGGCGGAGCGGCUUGGGUUUGUGUUUGAGGGGGUGUUUAGGCAGCAUAUGGUUGUCAAGGGGAGGAAUAGGGAUACGGCUUGGUUUUCGAUGUUGAAGGAGGAGUGGGAUUCUAGAGGGGUUAAGGAGGCGUUGGAGGGUUGGCUUGCGGAGGAGAAUUUUGAUGAGUCUGGGGCGCAGAAGAGGGGUUUGGAGGGUAUUAGGGAGGAGAUUCUGGGGAGGAAUAGUAAGAAUUGAUUGUCGAGUACGUGUAUAGAUGUUGGCUAUGCACUACUGCGGGUAUCGCAAUCUUUGGAUGUUUUACGCAUAUGUCAAAUGCCUUGGAGUUUGGCAUCAGAACUGUUUUGCCAUAAGGUACAUGGUGCAGGGAGUUCAGAUGAAAUUCCCUCCUUUUUCAAUACUAUAAUGAAAUUGUAAUUAGGCAAAGUGCUUUAGUUUGUGCUGAGUUUCAUGUUCUUUAUCCUUCAGAAUAGCACUGCGUGGAAUGAUAUACUUAGGGCUGAUGGAAUCAGAUCGCUGAAAAGUAAUGUGGGUGCCUAAGAGAUCCAUCUGUGACAUGGAUAACAAAUUGUACUAAUCAUUGAGUAUCCUGGUAUUGAAA